AAUAAUUUCUGAAUUUUGAUAGUUUUCAUUCUUAUCAAAUAAAUACACGGUUUUUCGUAAUUUAGCUUUUUAACAUAUUAAGAAAAUUUUGACUUGUUUUAUCUAAUUUAUACGUUUUUUUUUAUUUAUAAAAUGCCUGUGGAUUGCCAAAGAUCAACUUCUGGGGGGAAAGGUAACCAAGGUAUGUUUAUUGAACGAGAUCCAAGGAUAUGUUCAGCCGGCCUUCCUACUGCACAACCUGAUGACCGUGUUGGUGAUUCAUUAGAACAUUAUUUACUAAAAGAUGAAACAGAUGCACUUUUAAGUGAUGCCAUAUUACCACCUAAAAAGUCACUUCCUUUACCACCUCUGCGACAUCCAAUUCCACCUGAUAUGCGUUUUGCCGGUCCAUUCUGUAAUGUAGCAAAAAUUGUAAAUCCGCCUAUCAAAACAAAAUUUCAAACCCUCGUUGAAGAUUUAAAAAAUACCAUUUAUUCUUCAUACUGGAAAAGCCCUUUGGGCCAAGUAAAAGAUUCCGUACCAAUGUUACCUGAAGGCUUCGAUAGCACUACCACGUUUGGCAAGAAAACACCGGACCAUGGACGUUUGUACGAAAUAGUUAUGCCAAAAGAGCCUUGUCCUGAUACAGAAAUUUCUAAGCAACCUGGAAUACAAAAAAAUCGGAAAUAUUGUUCACCUCCGUACAGAUCUGAUGUUAUAUAUGGGCAUAGAACUUUAGUAGAUAAACGAGGAACUUAUGCGAGGUGCUGUUUAACGGAUGAUAGGGUCGCACAAGGAGCAGCAAAUAGAACUAUCAUAAAUAGUAUACAAUCUAAUUUUCAAGAUAUAAAUCAGCCUAGAAUAGGGUCUGUAUUGGCCCCUUGUGACAAUAUUGCUUGUGUUCCAAAAGGGUAUUCUUUUGGGAAAAUAAAAAAACCUGACAAUCUGGCUGAGUGUCUUACACCUUGUCAGAUAAAUCCAAAUUUAAACAUUAUCAGAAAAUGUUUAAAACAUUUGAACACUUUACGUAAAUGCUUAUCAACUAGAUUUUUACCCACGUUUUUCCAGCAGUUUUAUUUAAGCUUAAAAUAUUUUGAUGGAACCAAAUCAGGAUGGAUACCAAAAAAUAUAGUCUAUGAAUGCUGUGGAGAGAAACUAAUCAGAUUUGAUCCAUCUCUUAUAGAGCCCUUGCUGUACACGUGGCAGGCCUUUAACGGUGAAUACAUUGAAUACAAAACAUUUGUUUAUCUUAUUAACUACAGAGAACCGUUGCCUGAUUUACCCAAAAUACCAGAUCUUCCUGCUGAAUGCUUGGAUUUUCGUACAACUUAUUCCGAAAUGGUCAAAGCUGGAAAGACACCAGAUCCUAGCCCUAUGGCAGGACUUCCUUCUGGUAGAUAUUUCGACAUGGACGAUCCCGUAACACCUGAACGAUAUUGCAAAGCAGACAGAUCAUGCCUACCACAAGAAUCGGAUGUCAAGUCUUGCAUUAGUCCAAGUGUGCUUACAUUAUUCCAUGUUAGUCACAGGGAUAUGUUUCAGAAAAGAGAUCCUAAAGUAAUACGAAAAGUGUUUGAGGCAACCGGAGAAGUUUUCAGUGAUGAUGAAUUCCAUACUAUUUGGAAGAUAGCUGAGAAAUGUCACUCAAAAGGAUGGGUUUGCAUAGAAUCAUUUCGUCUAGCAAUGGAUAGACAUAAGUUGGACAAUGACAAUAAAAUGACUGAUUCUAAUUAAUAAUUUUAUUCACUGUAAUACACAUAUGCCUAAAAAAUCAGAUAUUACCUAAUCCAAAUGAAUGUAUCUAUUAAACAAACUGAAA